CAUCAUACAUGUGAUCACUCACUCACUCUCACACACACUCUCAUCUUCUUCAUCGCAAGCUAGUAAGAGUGAAUCGAAGAUGAUGAAGAAGCUGGUGAGGUUGCUGAUCAUGGUGGAGGUGGUGGCCAUGGCGGCGGCGCCGCGGCGAGCGGCGGCGCUGAGCAUGGACUACUACGGGAUGAGCUGCCCGUUCGCGGAGAUGGUGGUGAGGAGCGUGGUGAGCCAGGCGCUGAUGGGCGACCCGUCGCUCGCCGCCAGCCUCCUCCGCCUCCACUUCCAUGACUGCUUCGUCCAGGGCUGCGACGCCUCCGUCCUCCUCGACUCCACCCCGGACAACACCGCCGAGAAGGACGCGCUCGCCAACAAGAGCCUCCGCGGCUUCGAGGUCAUCGACCGCAUCAAGGACGCCCUCGAGUCGCGGUGCCCCGGCGUCGUCUCCUGCGCCGACGUCCUCGCCCUCGCCGCGCGCGACGCCGUCAUCAUGGCGGGGGGCCCGUACUACGGCGUGGCGACGGGGAGGAGGGACGGGACGCGGUCUAGCGCGGCCGACACGGUGGCGCUGCCGCCGCCGUUCUUGAACGCGACGGCGCUGAUCCAGCUGUUCGGGACGCACGGGUUCACCGCGCAGGACAUGGUGGCGCUGUCGGGGGGGCACACGCUGGGGCGGGCGCACUGCGCCAACUUCAAGAACCGGGUGGCGACGGAGGCGGCGACGCUGGACGCGGCGCUGGCGUCGUCGCUGGGCAGCACGUGCGCCGCCGGCGGGGACGCCGCGACGGCGACGUUCGACCGGACGAGCAACGUGUUCGACGGGGUCUACUUCCGCGAGCUGCAGCAGCGGCGGGGCCUGCUGACCUCCGACCAGACGCUGUUCGAGUCGCCGGAGACGAAGCGGCUGGUGAACAUGUUCGCCAUGAACCAGGCAUACUUCUUCUACGCGUUCCAGCAGGGGAUGCUCAAGAUGGGGCAGCUCGACCUCAAGGAGGGCGACGCCGGCGAGGUCAGGACAUCUUGCAGGGUCGUCAACUGACACUCCUUGAUCAUACCAACAAUCUAUAUGUCCUGAAUUGCCCGCCUUAGCUCUUUAGCUUAAGCUUUUGAGUUUAACUGGUUGGUGCAUGCAACUCAAUAAUAACAUACCGUAUACUCGACGUCUUUCGUGGCCGCGUCUUUGUGAACUUAAAAUUGCAGCUAGCUAGUUUGCCGGAAAUGCUACAGUACCCAAGGUAUACAAGUAGUGUCAGUUUGUAUUGUGGCAUGGAGGCCAUGUAUGAUAGUAGUAAGUAUAGUAAGCUUGCCAGAAAUGCUACAGUUAGCAGCUGGUAUAAUUGUGGUACUGUAUAGGAAAGAUUGUAAAACAAUCAUGCAUGUCACUAGUUUAGAUAUGUAUGCAUGUACAAUAAUAUUGUGAUGCUCCAAACAAAGAACAAGGAGAGAAACAAACAUGGCUUUUGAACUCAUGUUACAAA